GAAUGAGGAGAUUCUAAGCUUUCGCAUGCUAUUCAAUUAUGACCUGGCUUUGGAUUAUAUUAGCAGGGCACGACUAGCCAAUAUGUGCAUGUUCAUGGGAAUCCGUCCUUUUGGAACAAGUUCUUACUUGCGAUUUAAGCUUCGGAGAAGACUUCAAAACAUUAGAAAGGAUGAUAGGAUGAUUCGAGAAGAAGGAGUUCAUACACUUACUGAGGAGGAGUUGUCUGCUGCAUGCAGAGCACGAGGGAUGCUUUGGGUACUUUCUCUUGAGGAAAUGAGGCAACAGCUCUGUGAUUGGUUGGAUUUGUCUCUUGAUCAUUGGGUGCCAUCUUCUCUCCUAAUUCUCUCCAGGGCUUUCACAGUGACAGGAUACCAUACUCUAGUUUUGCAGCCACAUAAAAGAGAAUGGACCCCACAGAAUGAGUUUAAUGAACUCAGUCGCGCUUUGGCGAUUCUAGCCUCAGAAUCAGUAGGUGUGGUGGAGGAUGACAAGGUGGCAGAAGCAGCCAGUUACCUAAGGAGCACCCUUGGUGAUACUGGAGUUGAGCAUCUGAUAUCUUACUUUGGUAAGCUAUAUGCAGAAGACAUUGUUAAAUUGGUCCAUGAGUCAGGGCUACAUCAGGACUUAGAAGAUGAUUGAGUACACGAGCAAUCAUAAUGUUUUAAGUAUUACUUCAAGUAGUUUUUGGAACCGCCUACUUGACCGUAGUUCUUCACAUGCUUCUCGAGAGAUGAGUUGUCUGAUUGAGAGUCAUAUACUGAGUAUGCUAAAAAUGUCAUGGAAGGAAAAUGAUU